CUUGACACAAACAACUUGCCCGAUAUACGGUUUAUUUCACCAACUGCAAAACGAGACAGUGCUUGGGAAGUAAAAUUAAGAUAUUCAGAAAAUCUUCACCCAACACAUAGUAACUAUCUGCUCUGCCCAGAACAUCGGGUAGUUAAGCGAAGUAAGCUUAGUCUAUACCAAAAUAAUGACCUAAUUGAUAAACUGAGCAGUGGAAAAUUUGCAGAAACAGAAAAAUUGGUAGCAACUUUAGAGACUAAAGAUCGCUAUAUUAUUCAUUACCGAAAUCUCCAACAGUGUCUUGAACUAGGAAUGGAACUUGAGCAUAUAUACCAUGUAUUAGAGUUUAAUCAAUCUCCUUGGCUCGAACCAUAUAUUAUAGCAAAUAUUAUACAGCGUCGUGAUGAUGUUUGGCAUCGCACACGAGUAGAUUUAGUACGACCAAUAGGAGAGGAGCAUCAACUUCGUAAAAUGUUGGCAGACCUGGCACUAAAAGAUGAGUUUGCAGGAACUCAAGCAUUAAGAUAUGCUAGAAACCGAUCAAAGUCUUAUGCAUUGGAAACUGAAGAUGAGUAUAAAAAUAUACAGAAGGCAAAGGGUCUCAAAAAAUCUCUCGUCAAAAAAGAACUAACUAUUGAUAUUUAUGAGCAUUGUAUUUUAGAAAGUACAAAAAGGAGUAUCAACCUACUUGACUCCAAGAGAUGGAUAUUAAAUAACCGAGUAAUGACAUGGGCAAUUGAGGAUUGUCAAAUUCUGGCUUAUCUAUCUGCAUUGGAGCAAUAUUGGAAUAAUAUUCCUCAAGAAAUAUUGAUGGAUUUAG